ACACUGCGAUCUCUGGUUACAUGAGUGAGUACCUAGUAGACAGUAGAGAGUAAUGAAGUUUGAAAAAUUAUUUUCAGUGAUGUGUAUGUAUAGUUUAUUUUCUGGAUCUCGUUAAGAUACAUAAUACUAACGUAAUAGAAGAGUUAACAUUACAACAAUAGACUUUACAAAUUACAAUAAAUUCAAGUCAGACAAGCGAGUCUAGUGAGUAUAAUCGAUAAUGAAUGAUUCAUGGAAAAACAUGUUCAUUGAUAACCAUCCCAGAAAACAAGAUUAUACCUCUGCCAUGUCUUUAUUGGCACAUUUGAAUGUUGAUGAGCUGAGGGAAGUCUUGAACGACGAGAGGAAAUUUGAAGAACUUAUUAAAGAUGUAAAGGAACUCAAAACUGUGGAAGCUGAAAAAGAAAUACUCAUUGCCAGCAAUCGCUCUUUAGCAGAAUUCAACCUAUCUCAAGAGCCAAUACUAAUGAAAGGUCGUCAAGCUAUUCUGGAGUUGAGUGAAAAAGGGGAAGAAUACUCUCAAAACAUUGAGAAGAAAAUGAAUGAACUAAAUAGCAGGUCAGGUGGCAGAUCAUUAGAAACAGCGUUUGCUCUGCUCCAGAUGGCGGCUGCAGAAAUUGAGGAAGAAUCUGAUGAAAUAGCAAACAAAUUCUUGGAAGGCGACACUGAUGUUGACACGUUCUUGGAUCUAUUCAAAUCCAGGAGAGAGCUGAUGCAUUUGAGGAAAGUGAAAACUGAUAAAAUGUCAGAAAUGCUGACUAGACGUGCGAACCCAGUGCAGGCGAACGCCUCAUCAUUUUAUCAAGCGCCUCAUCCCCCCGCUCCUUCAGGAUUAGGAUUGCCCUAUCCGGUAGGCCCAGUAGGAGGACUGCCAAUGCCUAAUAUCUAUUCCAGUAAUUCGCAUUUUGGUUAGCAGGUAUUAAGUAUUGAUAUUUGAUAUAUAACUUAUAUUGGUAUUUAAUGAUAUUUUGAUGAUAUUGAUAUUUAACUUAUCUUAAUAUUCUCCAAUAACUUCUUUUUUCUUACUACCUGAAACCAGCUAAAAUCAAUUUUGAAUUUUCUUGAAGCAAUCAGAGUAUUUCAAGUGUUUAUUUUAAGUUUUCAAUUAGCAUAUCGUGUUUAAAUAUUAGAUUUUUUCGAGUUAAAACGACCAGCUGACUUAAUUAGUGCAACCUGUGUUGACCGGCUAACUCCAAUUUUGGCUUGGUUUCUCUAUAAAGCUUGGCCUCCAAAUCGCUCUACAAGCUAGGAAAGAUUUCCGUUUGGAAUAUCCUUUCUAACUACAUGAUAUGAUUCAAAAAUAUAUUUUUUAAUUAGAGUUUUUUAAAUCUUUAGUUUUUCUGAGUGGAUAAUUUUGUCAUUAUUGAAAUGAAUAUAUUUAUGAUUCAAUAUCAAAUUCACUACAAUAUAAUGUAAAUAUUAUCGCAUCAUUUGCAUUUAUUUAUUAUUUAACUAAUAUUUAUAAUAUUUAUUGCAACUAUUAUAAAAACAGAUAAAGCACUCAUGCCAAUAAUAUUUUUCAAAAGUUCAAUUGUUGAUCUUAUUAAUUGACUUGAUAUUAAUAAUCUUCAUAAUCGAAUAUAUACCCCUAAAUUAUAGUGGUCACGGUUUUUGUUUUCACUUUCUUUCUAUUUCUUUGAAAUAUGGCUUAUCUCCCAUUAUUUCAGUAAAUGUUUCUAAGAUUGGGCUUUUUCUGUUCAUUUUUAUGAUUCAAUUUUUUAUCUAGCUUUCAAUGUCUCAUGGAUUUGCUGGUUGACACCUUUAAUCAAGGGUAUUGUUCUCCAGUUUUUGUUUUGUUCAUUCAAUAACUAGUGAUAUGAUAUUCAUCUGCAUACUGCCAAAAUAAGUUACCACAAAUAUACUCAAGCAAUACCAAAUAAGUUGUUCAUAAUAUUGGCAUUUAUAUCCAUUUUUAUUCAUGGAAAUAGUGCAAACCAUUUAUCAAAUAUGAUCUGUAUAAACAUUUAAAAAUAUUAUUGGCAAGAGUGAUUUCUCUGUUUUUAUAAUAUUUGCAAGAAAUAUUAUUAUAUUUGAAUUGAAUUUGCAAUAUCUUAACCCUCAUUUUGAAAUAUUAAUUUAUUUCGCUGUGAGUCUAGAACUGGUAUAGAUGGUUCAGACUCGAGAAAAAGCUCGCUUCCCAUAAGUCUGCUGCUAUUUCAAAAUUUUUUUGUGACUGAAUUAUCUAUAGAAAUGUUUUAGUUAGUCAUUACCCAAAGUUCUCAAGGAGAGAAGUAUGAUCGAUUAUGAAGAAUGAAAUCCAAAAAUCUUGCAAUAAACCUAUAAUAUUGGUUGGAAUUGCUCAAGAGUCGCAGCUUGAUGUUAUUUCUGGCGUUGAAUUAAAAAUGCUAGACGGCCCUGAAGCGAAUAAGUUAUUAGAUAAAGCCUUCAUCAUAAGUAUUUUAUUUUUAUCGGAACCAUAAUCUUGCCAAUUUUACCAUAAUUAUGCUUAUUCUAUUUUUAGUGGCAUUAACGCUAAUCAAUGAAAUAUUUCUCACCUACAUAAUUUAUUAUUUAUCUUUAUUCUACCUAUAUGAAUGUGAAUAUAUUGGAAUAUAUGGUAGGGGAUUUCAGAUCAAAGUUUUUUGUCUUUACCAAUAUAUUUAUUAAAAGUGUAAAACCUAUCUGGUUGGGGGCAUGGAACGGUCAAGAGAGAACAAUACCCCUCCUUCAACGCUGGUUGAAAGUGAAACAAUAACUGUCAACCCAUGUCAAUGCUCAACCAAUAUCAAACAAUAGAUCUCUUAAUGCCCCCAUCCAAAUAGGUUUAGCAGCAUAAAAUAUUUUUUCAAAACCUACUCCAAAAUCCACCACUCUGGUCCGCAACUUACAACUCGACAUAAUAUGUAUCGUUUAAAAAAUAUCAAUUAGCUCAAGGAAAUUAGUUUCUUUGAUAAUAUUAGAAUAGGCUGAAAAUUGUGAUCUAUAAUGAUGGAAUUCAACUAUUUUUCUAAAUUUAAUAAGAAUGACUUGAAAAUUCUGUUUUUAAACAAUAUGUACAUAUGAUAUGAGUUACAAAAAUGAAUGUGUAAUUUUUAAUUACAACCUGAUAUGAGUUACAAAAUCGUUAUAUUAUACUAAAAUUAUUUGUUGCGUGAAACACACCAUUUAUUGCAGGGUUUGGUUUUUACCACACGACAAACAUAAUAUCCUUUGAUUAGCAAUUCGAUUAACAUCAAUAAAAACUGGUUUAUGCCUUCUCGGUUUAGAUCUUUGUCGCAUCUUGAUAAGAUCUGCAAAAACUCCAUGUUACACCAAGAGCUACAGAGUAUAGACUGUCCAAUAGUUGGAAAUUAUAACUUUGAUGAACCUUUAUAGAACACGGAAAUGGGAAUCCCGCAGAAAAAGUCUAAGUGUGGAAUAACGUCACUAAACUUAACAGGAUGGGGGCAUACGCUUCAUUGCACAAGGGUCGAAAAUGUGCUAAAUCUACCUGCCAAAGGGUCUCUCAGUUGUAUUGUUCUAGCUUGACCGUCCCAUGCCCCCAUUGAGAUAGGUUUUACCCUAUAAAAAACUUGUACCACCCGAUUCCUUGUCCUUUUGACUCUGAAUAUUUAUUUAUUGAAUCAAAUUCGAUAAAAUCAUUACCUAGUGACGCUUUUAUGCCUAGUUAUUCUUGAAUAUUUCAGCUAUUUUCGUGGUCUUCAAUCAGUAAUGUGAUAGUGAUCAUACAUUCAUGGAUGUAAUGAAAAUUUCUGGUAGUUGACUGACUUUUCUCUGGACGUGAAGGACCUAUUUUUUGUACAUUGUUUCAAACGUGAAGACAAUGUUUUAUUUGGGCAUUUCCGCUAUAUUUAUUACAAUAUGAAUUUACAAUAAUUUCACAUAUAUUUCUAUUAUUUCACUAUAAUUAAUCAUCAUUUCACUUUAUUCACCAUAUCAAUUUUUGGAGUUAUAACAGUCAUGUGUAAUGAUACUCAUUGUAUUAAGUAGUGUUGAAUGAUUUAUGCCAGUUUAUAAUAAUGAUUAAUAAUAAUUUUCGUAGAAGUACAAUGAUAGAAAAAAAUCACCUCAAUAAUAUGUCCACUUGUAAUUUCUGAUGAUUCAUAGUCUAAUCAUAACAAAUUAUUGUAUUAUUUCAUUUUUUAUGGAAAAAAUAUUAAAUCAUGACUCAUGCUCUUUUUGGAAGAAGCCUUCCAAAAUCAAUUGAUGACAUAAGGCCUAUAUUUUAAUCGUGAAAAUAAAAUAAAUAUACUAUGAAAUUAUAAAUUUAUUUUUUUACUGUUUAGAGUCAAUAGAUUUAAAAUAAUUCACAUAUAACCGGUAAUUUAGUUAUAAUUCAGCAGUUAAUGUUUUAGUUCCAAAGAUAUUUGUACUUUGAGUACUACGUCUGGUACACCUUUUUUAAAAUUGUUGGUACUAUUGUUCAUGAUGGUGUUUUGUUCAGCUUAACUCUACCUAUUUUCUUACGUCCGGCAUCACAAGUAAAUGCUUUUCUGUUAGUUACUAGUAAAAUAAAGUUUAUUUUCUGUAACGUU